UUGUUCUUUUUUCCGGUUGACUUUAACGAGAAAGAUGCCAGGCGUCACAGUGAAGGAUAUUGACCAGCACGCGGUUACCAAGGCGGUCGCCGUCUUCUUGAAGAAGACUGGCAAGUUGAAGGUGCCCGACCAGAUGGACAUCGUCAAGACCGCCAAAUUCAAGGAGCUGGCGCCCUACGAUCCCGACUGGUUCUAUGUGCGUUGCGCCUCGAUCCUGCGCCAUCUGUACCACCGCAGUCCCGCUGGAGUCGGUUCGAUCACCAAGAUCUACGGCGGACGCAAGCGCAACGGUGUCCACCCCUCGCACUUCUGCCGCGCCGCCGACGGUGCUGCCCGCAAGGCUCUGCAGGCCUUGGAGCACGCCCGUUUGGUCGAGAAGCACCCGGACGGUGGUCGCAAACUGAGCUCCAUUGGACAGCGUGAUCUGGACCGUAUUGCUAACCAGAUCGUGUUCAAGCAGCGCGAUGCCGCCAAGCAGACCGGGCCCAUUGUUAUUUCCAAGUAAUCACACGGCGCCCCUUCGAAUUCUAAAAAACGCAUUUUUAGACUUCUAUUGUAAGCGCUUUUUGUUUGCACGAGAGAGAUGAGAAAAUAAAACCAACCACAAUUUGUAAAAGUCUACGAAACAUGCGUUCUUCGAAUGCUAGAAACAUUUUUUAUGCGGUCUGUAAACAGGGGAAUAGAAUAGCUCCUCUUGGCAAUGUAAAAAAGUGGUAGAUUUAUCAGGAUGCUGCUCAUAUUAGUAAUAUGCAUGUGCGAAGAACAAUGUGGACAACAGCUACAUUUGGCGUAAUUAACUAGCCAAUUUAUACUUUUACCGAGCCUUCACAUUGUUAAUGGCUUUCCUUCUAUUGCUAAACUAUCAGUAUCAGUUUGGUAUUCUGCCCUUAGAAGGUGCAUAGUUUCAUUAACAAUCCAUGUGCUAAGUGGUUGCUUGCCUUGCAGAAAU